UCCCCUAAAAGACCAGACGCUCCACUGUGAUGUCAGGACUUGGAUUACAGAUGAGUGGUUAAUGCUUUCCCCACUUAACCCACACCUCUCUGAUUUCUGCCAGCGUGUCUUGUUCACGCCCCUUGACGACUGAAGCUACAGACGCUGAGAAGGAAGAAGAGAAGAUCGUUCUGCAGCAGGUAAUCAUCAUCUUCAACAUCUGCAUCAUCUCCACCAUGAAGACGCUGACUCUGUCUGCACUUCUUUGUGCCAUGAUGGCUCUGACCAGAGCUGCUGCUCUUCCAGACGCAGUGGAUGGACCUGGGACAGAGGGAACUGCUGUCCAAGUUCUUCCAGACGCAGAGGUUGUAAACUCGUUUACUCCAGGAGAGAGUCGUGUUGUCAAGAGGUCCACAUUAUGUCCUAUUGGUUGGACUGCUUUCAACAGUCACUGUUUCUUCUACGUUCCACGAUCCACGAGUUGGGCUUUGGCUGAGAGAAACUGUAUAUCCAUGGGUGGACACCUUGCAUCUGUACACAACAUCCAGGAGUACCAUCAGAUUCAGACGAUUAUCUUGAGGGCCUCUCAUAAUCAAAGAGGAACAUGGAUUGGAGGCUAUAAUGCAGAACAGGACCAACAAUGGUUCUGGAGUGACGGUACGUCUUUUCUCUUUACUCACUGGUGUCCCGGAGAGCCUAGUAACGGUAAAGGUCGUCAGCAAUGUCUUCUAAUGAAUUAUUCAGAUCAGAAAUGCUGGGAUGACAGCGGUUGUGAUGAUCAGCUCCCAUCUGUCUGCCAGAGAGAGAGGCUAAAAAACGUUCCUGUUAAAAACACAAACACUGAACAAAUUGUGUUUCUCUCUGUUAUCCAGUCCCAUAAUUAACCUGAAGGCUCUACAUCUCAUUUCACAUCUUUAUUUCUUCUCUAUUGCUGUAACGCUACUUAAGGAACGAAGCGACAUGUGACAUAAACAGCAGCUGGAUUGUCUCUGUCUCUUUAAUACGAGCAGACUGAAUGUGUAAUGAAAAGAAAGCUUUUAGCACAACUUUAUUCUGCAGAGUGAA